CCUUUCUAAGCUGUGAACUUUUGUAGGAUGGGAGUGGUUUAAUCCAGUGGAGUGCAGAAGCUGUGAGCCUCCUAAGCUGUGGUGAAUCUGCACAUGACCAAGCCAACUCUCCACCUGCCCAGCUGAGUCACCAAAAAGGGGUGACACACUAGUCAUACUGGGUACUUCAAUGUGCAUAAUAUAAAUAUAAACUACCUUGAUCAAAUCACAGGAGCACCUCUGCACCUGGAGUCUGAGAGAAUGGCUAGCACUGGUAAGGGUAAAGUCUGUGUCACUGGGGCAUCUGGUUUCAUCGCCUCCUGGCUCAUCAAGCGGCUUCUUGAGUCUGGGUACCAUGUCCUCGGAACAGUCAGAGACCCAGGGAAUCACAAGAAAGUAGGACACCUCUGGGUUUUGGAAGGCGCAAAGGAGAGGCUGCAGCUUGUGAGAGCUGACCUCUUGGAGGAAGGGAGCUUUGACGACGCUGUGAUGGCUUGUGAGGGCGUCUUCCACACUGCAUCUCCUGUCAUCACUAAAUCUGAUUCCAAGGAGGAAAUGCUUAAUUCAGCAAUAAACGGCACUCUGAACGUUCUACGUUCAUGCAAGAAGAAUCCAUCCCUCAGGAGGGUUGUCCUGACGUCUUCGUCGGCGACCGUGAGGAUCAAGGACGAAGCCGACCUGCCCCCUAACGUGUUGCUGGAUGAAACAUCAUGGAGCUCCAUUGAGUACUGCGAAAGUCUCCAGAUAUGGUAUGCCGUUGCAAAGAUCCUAGCCGAGAAGGCGGCCUGGGAGUUUGCCAAAGAGCACAGGAUCGACCUUGUGACUGUUCUUCCGACCUUUGUUAUCGGACCUAACCUGUCUCCUGAGCUCAGCCCCACUGCUUCUGAUGUCCUCGGCUUAUUCCAAGGAGAGACGGUUAAGUUCACGGUGUACGGGAGGAUGGGGUACGUCCACAUCGACGACGUGGCGAGGUGCCACAUCCUGGCGUACGAGUCCGCCGGCGCCCACGGGAGGUACAUCUGCAACGCGGCGGUGCUGUGCUGCGGUGACCUCGUCGCCCUGCUCGCGCGGCGGUUCCCGGCGUAUCCGAUCCCGAGGAGCCUGCCCAGCGUGUACGGCGAGCAGACGUACGGCUUCGACACGUCCAAGGCCCGCGCAUUGGGGCUGGUGGACCUCAAGGGCGUCGAGGAGAUGUUCGACGACGCCGUCGACUCGCUCAGAGGCCAUGGCCAUCUCCCCGCCGCCGAGGACGUCGGCAAGCAUGGAUAGCCUCUUGAUCUGAAAAGUUUCACCCCAUCGCUGGUGGAAAGCUUUUGAUUCCAAAUAGCCUGCUCUGAAAAGUCUGUCUUGGACUGUCUGACUGCAAAAGGUCAUUUAACCACUAGAAAAUUUUAAAUAAGAAAAGGGAGAGGUUCAAUUCAGCUCA